ACGCAUGGUUGAAAGCGAGGAACUGCAUCUUAUCACUUCUGAUGAGGCGUGGAUGCGGGUUUAAAUCACAGUUACAUUCCACUUCUGUAACUGUCAUCGCCUUGUCACAAUCGUGGGCCUUUUCAACCUCAAUCUGAAAGGCAACCGGAUAUGGUGUUGUCAGUGCUGCGCCUCAAAGGAGCAUAAGUCACCGGGCGUCAGGCUCUGGCAGAAACAAGAUUCAGGAUGACCAGUUUCACAGUAAAUGAUUACGAAGUAGCGUGCCUCAUGGAAUAACACAUUCGCCUCGUGAUCGUAAUGUAUUACGACUCCGAAAGCUGAAUGCCGCCCAUUUCCGAGUUACCUCAAUGAGGUCCAGGACAUAAAAAUGUCCAUCUAUGCACUCGACAGGUAUCAAUGAAGUCUCAGACUCAAUAGUUGCUAAACUCACUACAGUCUCCCGAAAGCUGUUUUUGCAGAAUUACUAUUAAUCACCUUACAAGUCUUCCAGGUGCAGACUUGACUCAAGCCAGGAAAACAAUUAGAUUGGUCGAUUUGAUGGCCCCCAAUAUUGAUAUCAAAGCCUUGUUCAUGCGGUGUCCAGUAGAUAGGACGGAUGUCCAAGAAGACAAUGGACAGAGUUGUUACAAUGCAUUGGUCAAGGUGCUCAUGCCUAGCCAUUUUUAUGCUGGAAAAAGAAAUAAUUAUAGGACAGCCCGUUCUGCGGAAGCGCCCAUGAGAGCGAAAUCUUGUAAGAGACAGCUGAAGGACCCUCAGAGGAAGUCUGCCUAUGGAGGUCAAGUGCCUCGAGCCUCCGCAGCAUCAUUUACUGAACCCUGUUCUGAAGAAGGGCUGAACAAUUCGACAUAUACAUGCCUAGGAUACAAUGGAAUCGAAGAAAAGGGAUCUUUAGUCAAGGAUGAGACGACCGACACUUACACAGAGAGGAAUACAUACAUUCAAGGAAGAUUUGAUGGAAAGUCCGAAACUUCCCUAGUAAAUGGCUUGGAGGAAAGAAUACGUCGUCUGGAUACUACCUUUGAGGAUCAACCCGUGAAUGCCGAUAUCGAAGAAGCAUAUAUACAGGGAGAAGCCUUGACACCACCCGAGAUCAAGUUCUCCGAAGACGGUGAUAUGGAUGACGAUUACUGGACUUGGCACCAGGAGUCUCAAAGAUUCCGACACUGGGAUGCGGAACGUGGAGAAUGGUUAUACUUUCCCGAGAGAUUUGAUUAAAACGAUUUGAUGAAUCUUAGGAGGGUUGGGAUGUGUAAUGGCCAACCUCAUGCAGUCACUUAAAGGAGAACUCUAAGACCAGUCACUGUAGAAUCCCUUCGUUGCUCAAUACUUUCAUGUUUCAAUUUCAGUCAUGUACCACGCCACAUCACACUCUGCGCCGUAUGCUCCUCAUUCAUACCAAACCCGCUCGUAAUCUCAUCAUUCGUCUCUCCUCAUGCCGUCUCCUUU